AUGCCCUCAAUAGAUCCAAGAACACUCGUCUCCACAUUCUCUCGUGCCCUCACAUCCUUCCAAUCAUCCUCAGACGCAUUCCGUGUCUUGUGCACUCUACCCCAUACCUCUGAUGUCCCCGCGCCGCGCCGACCCGGCCGCCCAGUCCGGCAUCUUGUGGUCCUAGACUCGAGCUUCAACCCUCCGACACUGGCGCAUGCAAGCAUGGCUCGUUCUGCUCUCAAGUCAGAGGGCCAGCAGAGAUUGAUGUUACUGCUUUCAGUAAACAAUGCGGAUAAAGCACCUAAGCCCGCGAGUUUCCCAGUUAGGUUGAGCAUGAUGGAGGCAAUGGGACGGGAAUUGCUUGACGAAGGUCUGGAAAUUGAUGUCGCUGUUACCACAAUGCCUUUCUUCCACGACAAGGCGAAGGCGAUAGAAGAGUCGGGAUUUUAUGCUACCGAGUCUGGGGACCAGCCUACGCAGACUUUCCUCGCGGGCUUUGACACGAUAGUUCGCAUUUUCAACCCAAAGUACUACAGGGAGGGGAUCCAGAAUGCACUACGACCUUUCUUUGAGAGCUGCAAGGUGAGAGUCACUACGAGACCGGACAAGACAUGGGGAGGAGUCGAGGAGCAGAGGGUGUGGUUGACCAAGGAGAGAGUGAGGGAUGUCGGAGGUGAUGAGACUUGGGUUGAGAGAGUUGAGAUGGUUGAGGGGAGAGAAGGGGAUGAGGAUGUGAGUAGUUCGCGGGUAAGAGAAGUCGUUAAGAGUGGCCAAGGGAGUUUGGGCGGGUUGGUUGGAGAAGAAGUCCGGGGUUGGAUCAAGAGAGAUGCUCUGUAUAAAGAGCGUGAUGCCAGUCUGUAG